ACCAGCUUCAAAUUCAGGUAUAAUGGGGCGAUUUUCACGAUUCAAGUCUCGUCGUGGGAAACAAGCUGAAGCUGAGAAUAAUGCGGAGAAUGAUGAUGGAGGGGCCCGUAGUAAUACUGAGGGUGGAGGGGAUGGAAGCCCUUCUGAGUACUUAAACCUCAACCAAAAUGAUGAGGCGCCAGCUCAGACUGAGGAAGAGACCACAACAUCAGCUGCCGGUAGGGCCAAACGAGGUCGGAACAAGAUGCCUAAGGGUCGGUCUCUUAUUACCGAGCUCGAUGAAUUAGGUGAGCCCGUUGCUCCUGUCAAGGUGAUGGGGCCAUACAAGUCAGCUAUUGGGGUGGUGGUGAAGGAAAAUGUGCCCAUCACGUACAGGUAUUGGAAUGCGAAGGAUAAGACUUGGGUGGUACCGGACUCAAUCAAGGAAAUAUGUUGGGCCAAGUUGAAAGAAAAGUUCAUCUUCCCCGAGGAUUCAGAGCCAUUAGCACGGCGUCGAGCACUGUUUCUCAUGGGCAACUCUUUCAGAUACUUCAAAUUUACCUUGAACAAGCAUGUGAAGAAUGAAACUGAGCCAGAUUGGAAGGAUUUUCCGAACCAACGACCUUUUUGGGAAUAGUUUGUCUUGUACAAGAGGUCAGAGGAGGCACAAGCUAGCAGCGCCACAAAUUCACAGAAUUGUAGGAAAAAUGAUAAGCCCCAUAAGACCGGCUCUCGUGGGUAUAUUAGAAAAAUACCCGAGUGGGAGGAGCAAGCAGAGAGGCUGGUCCAUAGUGGUGUUACGCUGCAGACAGAUGGGUGGGAUCCUCGGGCCGUGAGGUAUCUUCUAGCGAGGGGUGCGUACUACAAUCCUGAUGGUUCCCUUGGUUUUCGUGAUCGUGAUGCUGAGGAUCUUGGACACAAGAUUCAGGAAGCACACGAGGCUGCUUCCACUGGCGCUUUCGUGCCAAACAGGGAGAACGAUGAGC